AUGACUGUCGCCGCUGUCGAGAAAAAUGUUCUCAAGAGAAUUCCGACCUGGCGCAAAAUCUUCGACCAAGGCAGUGUUUCUCAAUACAUCAUUGAUCAACACUACGAUGGCGCCGGCACCGAGGAGGAUCCAUACCAAGUAUCCUGGGUGGAGGAAGACCCCUGCGAUCCUAUGUUGUUUUCUGCAGUGACCAAAUGGCUUAUCAUGGUCCUAGUAGGCAUUGAGACACUGGCGGUGGCGUUGGUAUCGUCUGCCUACUCGGGUGGCAUUGUAGAAAUACUCGAGGACUUCCAAGUCAGCGAGGAAAUCGCUCUCCUGGGUAUUUCGCUCUUCGUUAUCGGAUUCGCCGUGGGUCCCUUGUUCUGGGCGCCCUUAAGUGAGAUUUACGGGCGUCGAUAUAUGAUGAUCGUGAGUGCUGUGGGAUUAACAGCCUUCACUGCUGGAAGCGCUGGGUCACAGAACAUCUGGACACUGAUCAUUCUGCGAUUCUUCGCUGCGUGUCUCGGUUCUGCGCCAUUCGCCGUGUCGGGUGGUGUUAUCGCCGAUACAUUCCCUGCCAUCAGUCGCGGCCUUGCUAGCGGAUUGUACUGUGCUGCACCGUUCCUCGGACCGACAUUGGGUCCCAUCGUCGGUGGCUUCUUGUCGGAAAAUGCUGGUUGGCGAUGGGUGGAGGGACUCCUUGCUGCCUUUGCUGGACUGUUCGCGAUUAUCACCAUCCUUACCUUGCCGGAGACCUAUGCGCCGGUGUUACUGAGCAAGCGUGCCGCACGUCUCUCCUCAAUCACCGGGCAUGUGUAUCGCAGCAAAAUCGAGAUUGACAAGGGAAAGACGCAUCUGGGAGCAGUCCUGAAAACUGCUCUCUCUCGGCCCUGGGUACUCCUAUUCCGUGAGCCCAUCGUCCUUCUUUUAUCAAUCUACCUCUCGAUCAUUUACGGCAUUCUGUAUCUAUUUUUUGCAGCGAUACCCAUUGUCUAUCAAACAGAGCGUGGUUGGAGUGAAGGGAAGAGCGGCCUCGCCUUCAUUGGCAUUUUGGUCGGCAUCCUAUUCUCUGUUGUCGCGACAUUCCCAAUGUACUUCCGAUACAAGAAGAAGGUCCUCUCAACGCCCGGCCGAGUUGCUCCGGAAGCCCGACUCCCCGAGGCCUUUAUUGGCGCUAUAGCGCUAGUCGUUGGGUUGUUCUGGUUUGCCUGGACCAACUCACCUUCGAUCCACUGGAUGGCUUCGAUCGCAGCCGGAGUUCCCUUUGGCUUUGGCAUGGUCAUGGUGUUUCUUCCCGUUUUAAACUACUUGAUCGAUGCCUACACAAUCUACGCUGCGUCAGUCUUGGCCGCCAACGCCGCUUUGCGCUCGAUCUUUGGUGCCGCUUUUCCCCUGUUCACCACUCCCAUGUACAAGAACCUGGGCAUCCACUGGGCUUCAUCGAUUCCUGCUUUCCUGGCGCUUGCUUGUGUGCCCUUGCCGUUCUUGUUCUAUAAGUACGGCGCGGCGAUUCGAGGCAGGUGUCACUAUGCCGCAGAGUCCGAUGCCCUCAUGGAAAAGUUGUUUGGAAGGCCAGCGCCGCCGAAACUGGAAGAAACGCAUGAAGAACGCCUCAAUACCAAGGAAUAA